AGGAUGUGGCUGCUUCUAGCAACAACGUGCUUGAUUUGUGGAACUUUAAAUGUUGAUGGAUUAUUUGAUUUUCAAAAGGAAGUGAAUCCUGAAGUGUGGAUGAAUAUUAGUGAAAUUAUAACCUAUAAUGGCUACCCCAGUGAGGAGUAUGAUGUCAUCACUGAAGAUGGGUACAUACUUAGUGUCAACAGAAUUCCCCAUGGACAAAGAGAUUCUGGGAACACAGAUUCCCGGCCGGUUGUGUACUUGCAGCAUGCUCUGUUUACAGACAGUGCCUCUUGGCUUGAGAACUAUGCCAAUGGCAGCCUUGGAUUCCUUCUAGCAGAUGCAGGUUACGACGUAUGGAUGGGAAACAGUCGGGGGAACACUUGGUCAAGAAGACACAGAACACUCUCAGUGACCGAAGAAGAAUUCUGGGCUUUUAGUUUUGAUGAAAUGGCCAAAUAUGAUCUCCCAGGGAUAGUAGACUUCAUUGUAAAUAAAACUGGUCAGGAGAAGUUGUAUUUCAUUGGACAUUCACUUGGCACUACAAUAGGGUUUGCAGCCUUUUCCACCAUUCCUGAACUGGCACAAAGAAUCAAAAUGAAUUUUGCCUUGGGUCCUACGGUCUCAUUCAAAUAUCCCACAAGCUUUUUUACCAGUUUUUUCCUACUUCCAAAUUCUUUAAUCAAGGCUCUUUUUGGUACCAAAGGUGUCCUUUUAGAAUAUAAGAAAGAGGAGUCACCUUCUGCCAAAAUUUGCAACAAUAAAAUACUCCGGGUAAUCUGUAGUGAAUUUCUGUCCUUAUGGGCUGGAUCCAACAAGAAAAAUAUGAAUAUGAGUCGAAUGGAUGUGUAUAUGUCACAUGCUCCCACUGGUUCAUCAGUACAGAACAUCUUGCAUAUAAAACAGCUUUAUGGGUCUAAUGAAUUCAGAGCUUAUGACUGGGGAAGUGAAGUCAAGAACAUGUAUCAUUAUAAUCAGAGUCGUCCCCCACGGUAUGACUUGACUGCCAUGAAAGUGCCUACUGCUAUUUGGGCUGGUGGACAAGAUGCCCUUAUAACACCCCAGGAUGUGGCCAGGAUACUCCCCUGUAUCAAGAACCUCAGUUAUUUCGACCUAUUACCAGAUUGGAAUCACUGUGAUUUCAUCUGGGGACUUGAUGCUGCUCAACGGGUAUACAGUAAAAUCAUAGCUUUGAUGAAGGCACAUCCCUAA